UUUCAGAGGGGGACUGGGAGCUGGGUAGAGAGGGCAUGAUUGCACACAUUAUACAGCACAUAGCAACCAGCACAACAGAAUAAGAGCGCACUCCAUUCAAUACCAACAAAAGCCUAAAGAAUACAAAAAGCAAACAACUUAGGGGUAAAACAAGAACAAAGCACGUUAUUUAUACACUCCAAGGCGCUGGAAGCAACAGAAAUACAGGGAAGAGGGAACAGGAACAAUAAAUAUCCCACUGAAGAGAGGACAGCUUAAAGUACUGGACUACUUGAUUUUUUUGCGCUGCACUUAGGAGGAGGCGAAGAGUUGACGCAGAACGUUCGGAUUGCGCAGGAAGACACCCGUUAGGAAAUCACUCAGGAUUCUAAAACGUUCUAUUCCAUCACCCAUUCUACUAAUGGAAGGCAUGUCCAGGAUAUCAGCAUCGGUGACGGUAAGAUCCCAGUGAUAAUUUAAUAAGCAGUACAUGUUCACUCCAUAAUAACCAGAUUAUCAAAGCGUUUCACUGUCUGUUAACUUGACUAGGGGCGCCUGUCCAUUCUAAUAAGCUGGCUAGCAGAGUACUUUCACUUUUAACACGUUUCAUGUUACACUGGAGGUGGACUGUAAAUCUCGAUAAUCAGCUCGCCUGACCUUAACACGAACAUGACCUAUGCACAGCUCUCUUAAUACGCAUAUUAUAGGCACAGGUUCAGGUAGUAUGCGUUGUAGAAUUGGCACAUCUGAUUAUAAUACAAGAUAUAGGCACAUAGACAGACCUAGAUAUCACAUGGGGGUCUUUGCACAUCCCCAUGCCGUGAGCCCGGGCACUGCACAGACUAACCCUGGAAUACAACAUCAGGAGGAAUUCCCCCCAUCAUUAAAGUGGUUUACUAAAAUGAGCAUUCAGGGUGAUUUUAAAUUUUUUUUUUUUUUUUUGACUGACACUAUUUUGACAUUUAAGGUUGAAAUUCACUUUAGUAAUUAACCCUGUUAGCUCAGAGUAAUACAUUACCAUACCAAGAUGCACACAGAUAUACUAAAUACACACAAACACUGACACACAGGUAGGCACGCACUGGCAUUUACACUCAUGUACCAACAGUCUCAACAUCUCCGAGUCUGCUGCUCAUUCCUGCUCUUACUGCGCUGGCUGUGGCGCACGCUGUAAAUGUGUAGCCAGGUCCCCAGUGACUCUGGCUCUAAAUGAAGCACCCCGCCUCCCUCUAUAUGUUUGAAACUACUUGUAAUGCCAGCAGGACCAGGAAGGGAGCCGCAUUUUAAUUUUCACUGCUGGCAGCAGGCACCCUAACCCCCUAGGGACCUGGCGCAGUUGCUGCAUGGUUCUGCCCCUUAGUGGUACUGUGUGUAUGCCAGCAUCUGUAAGAUAGAGAAAAUGGCAGAUCACCUGCUGGCAUGGUGUUGUAGAAGUUGUGCAACAGUUGAGGAUUGAUCUUUUUGGCCACCCCUGCUCUAUAGGGGGCCAGGGACAGCUUGCCAUUAGGUCUGACACCAUUAACACGUAUCUCAAAUAUCUGACACAAACAACAUCUUGUCUCGAACGCCACAAUUAAAUAAUAUAAUUUAUCCUGGGGUCACGCCAAACGUGUAAAUAUUUGCAUAUAAUGCACAAGAAUGCAGGUUAUUUUAUGAAGGCUAUUUAGUCAUAUAAUGUCGUAUGACAUUUUUUUUAACUUGUGGUUUUUAUGUAGACUAGCUGCAGUAAAGACCUCACCUGCCACAGACAGUAAGCUUGUGGUUGCUUUAGUCAUAGAUAAGCAAUACAGUUUAUCUAUACAGCAUGUAGUUGACAUGCAAGUCUUUGAAGUGAUAUUGCUAGGCAUGACUAAGUGGCUGAACAGCUUUUGUUGGACUUGUAGUUCAUAACUAAAGAGGUCUUACAGGGUGUGAAGUCUGUGAUGAUGUCAUGUGUCAUGUUGUUACUCAGCUGUUGCAGUUUUUGCAUAGUAUUGGACUUUCUAUUUGGAAACGUUCUGUAGUAAAAUAAAUGGCACGAGACACCAAUGGAAUGUUUUUGAUAACUGAACUUUAUAAUUUAGGACUUUCAUUGAUCAUCAUACAUACCACCUUUCACACUUUUCUAAUAUUUAAUGGGGUUAUACAUGAAAUACAUAGAUAAAAUGAUUAUUAGCGUGUGUUUUUAUGUCUUGGAUUGUAGUCUAAAAAGAAUUCCUUAAAAUGUGCUUGGUAAAGCUGGCUAAUGCACCUUUUGCAUAUUGCGUGUUUUUAAUAAAAUGUAUCAUUUAACUCCGUGUUGGCUAAUCUUGGCAGCCCACAUUGCCAAGAUUCUAAACUCUGUUUCCCUUGAUGCACAGCCAACCAUAACACACUGUUUUAACCACACGGGUUUUACAGUAAAUCAAUAAAAUUGGGAUGACACACAUUUUAAGUAGUUUAAACUACUCACGACAGUAUAACGAAUAAUGUAUUCCCAGUGGUAUUUUUUUCUUCACUUUUGAAAUUUUAAAAUGUGUGUAUUCUGCACAUACUCUGUCUACCUAUGUAUGCAACGCACAUGUGCAUUUGCGUGUGCACAAAUCUGCAUACCAUGUGGUAAUGGAGAAACACGGUUUUAUUACAGAAAGUUUGUAUAGCUUUUUUUUUUUUUAUAUAUAUAAUAUAUAUCCUGCUGCAACAAUUACCUCCAACAAGGAGAGGAGUUACUUUCUUUUUCUGUUGUCACUCUGUCAAGUUGUAUUAAUUUGAAUGACAAUUUGUAACUAAACUCUUAGUGCCGGUUAGGAUACUUUACUGAUACAGCUCAACAGGCACAUAGGUUUCCAUCUGUGGAAAAACAUGAGCUUUAACCCCUUAAGGACCAAACUUCUGGAAUAAAAGGGAAUCGUGACAUGUCACACAUGUUAUGUGUCCUUAAGGGGUUAAACUUUGACUGGUUCAGUAAAACAAAAGGGGUCUAUUCGCUAACCAGUACCCUGUAAUGACUUGAGAACCAACAUUAAAAUAAGCAAGUUAAAUACCAGUUCAAGCAAGUUGGAUGUUUACUUCCAACUCUGCUUAUUUGACCUGAAUUGUGCAUGUUGGUUCUCAAAAAUCCCCACAAUUUGUUUUGGGAGAACACACCUAAGUAAAGGAUUGCGUAAAGAAGCAGGCCGUGGCAGAGUUUAAAGCCAGAUAAAAUGAUAAAUGUGUCUCAAAGAGUUUUAACACACUGUGUGGGAGAGAAGGAUAUUGCAAUGGGGUGUGUGCUGUACAAUGCUUUGGUAUUAUUAAAUUCGGAAAGGAAAAGAUUUGAGGCUUUUUCUCAGAUUGUUUACAUUAGUAAAUAUAUUUGUGCCUGCUCAACAUAGUAAAUACAUUUGUUCUGCAAACACUAAUAUAUGUAAGCCCUGCUGGGGUUUAUUUAGUACACAGUGAAUGAUUUUGAAUGAAAAACAAAAUGUAAUUAUUUAGGCCGAAAACAAUUUAAGACUUUUAAGCUUUGUAAUAAAUUUCACUAUUUGGUUUUCAAUUUACCGUAAUCCAUUGCUUCAUAAAUAAACUUUUAUACUUCUCAUAUAUCCAACACUGCAUAUCCAUUUGAUGUGUUAGAGGCAUAGACAUGCUUGCAUGUGCACCUUGUACAUUAAACAUUAAGCAUACAUUGAACAAGAAUCCCUAAUUUGUCUCAGAAUGGAAAAUGCAGUGACAGGAUAAUUUAUCCAGACAGAGGAAACAAAGGAUUUGUGUGUACAUGUAUGUCUUUCUGAUUUAUUUAACCCCUUCGUGAGCAGGGACUAAUCAAAUCCUAUAUUAGCAUUGUUGUAACAUGUAAUCUGUCAUGAAAGUUUUAAGAAAUGUAUGUACAAUGUGUCCUUUGUUACAUUUACAUCAGAUACUAGUAAAUCAAAUAUGAAUUGGGCUCAUACGAUAACUAACAGUGUAGCUUUUAUUUUUUUAUGGACUUUUACUAAUCUUGCUCUAUUUUGUUUAAACUCACUACUGUUUUUUUAUGUAAAAAUAUCAAGGGCUGUAGAAUAGUAUAGUAUACCUUUAAAUGCUAUUCAAAUAUUGUAUGUAUUUGAUUUGUUUUUUGCACAAGUAAUUUUUGUUCUAGAACAUGUCGUAUUGUGUUUGUUUAUAAAGCAUAGUCUCUAGUAUAUGUUUAGUGUGCAUGGAUGUGUACAUUGUACUGUGUAAGGACAUUAUGCAACAGUAUGUACAGUAUUACGAAUGUAGUGUUUGUGUACAGUUGAUAUUGCAUAUAUUUAUGGUAUAUAGAACAUGUCUUUGACCAUGUCUGUUCGAAUAACUUCCAGUAAUAUAAUAUAUAAUUUGCUUCUCAGGUUUUCCUGUUAAACGUCCUGCUGUGGCUCACCGAUGUCCAGUGCAUUAAUUUCAGCGAAUGCCCCAAAUAUGUUACAGACUCACAUUUAGGAUAUCUGGAUAAUAUGGUGAGUGUAAGAAUGUGUGUGUGUGUGUGGGUAUAUAUAUAUAUAUAUAUAUAUAUAUAUAUAUAUUAUAUCCAAAAUACUCAAUCCAGUGUACUCGCUUAUUCACUAAACAGUGAUUUCAAAGCUCACAGAUUGUAAUAGUUUUAUUUAAGAACGCCUCACCUAGGCAAAACAUAUUGGUGGUUUAGUUACAUUAUGUGAUCAUGUAUUGCCUAAGCCUUCCACAACGCCAGUCUAUAAUGUAUGCAUGUUCAGGAGGUGAGUGCAGCCCUCUUGGUUUCAUUUAUAUGUAUAUGUAUAUGUGUGCGUGUGUGUAUAUAUAUAUAUAUAUAUAUAUAUAUAUAUAUAUAUAUACAUGUAGAUCGGUCACAACAUUAAAACCACUAACAGGUGUUGUGAAAUAACAUUGAUUAUAUUGUUGCAAUAUUUGUGUCAAGAAGUAGGAUACAUUAGGCAGCAAGUGAGCAUUCAAUUUUUGAAUUGCAUGUGUUGGAAGCAGGAAAAAUGGAUCUGAAUGACUUUGAUAAGGGCCAAAUAGUGAUGGUUAGACAACUGGGUCAAAGCAACUCCAAAACACAGCAGCAAGUCUUAUGGGGUGUUACCGUUAUGCAGUGGUUAGUAUCUACCAAAUGUAAUGCAAGGAAGGACAACCCACUAGCGUCAUGGGCAUCCAAGAUUCAUUGAUGCAUGUGGGGAGCAGUAUGAUCACAGAAGAGCAACUGUAGCUCAAAUUGUUAAAAAAAACUUAAUGCUGGCCAUAAUAGAAAGGUGUCAGAACACACUGUGCAUUGCAGUUUGCUUUGUACGGGGCUGCGUAGCCACAGACUUGUCAUAGUGCCUAUAAUGAACCACUAUCCACCGCUAAAAGCGGCUUCAGUGGGAAUGUGAGUGUCAAACCUGCACCAUGGAGCAAAGAAGGUUGCCUGUCUGAUGAAUCACCACCUACCUAGAGAUUGUUGCAGACCAUGUACCCCCUUCAUAGCAGUGAUGUUCCUUGAUAGCAGUGGCCUCUUUAAGCAGGAUAAUGCAUUUUGCCACUCUGCAAAAGCUGUUCAGGAAUGGUUUAAGGAACAUGACAAAAAGUUCCAGGUAUUGCCAAAUUCUCCGAUCUCAAUCCGAUUGAGCAUCUGUGGGAUGUGCUGGAACAACAAAUCCAAUUUGUGUUGGCCCCAUCUCGCAACUUGCAGGGCUUAAGUGAUUUGUUGGUAAUGUCUUGGUGCCAGAUACCACAGGACAUUUUCAGAGGUCUCAUGGAGUCCGUACUUCAAUGCAUCAGAGCUGUUUUGGCAGGACAAGGGAGACCUAAACAGUAUUAGGCAGGUAGUUUAAAUGUUUUUGAUGAUGACUGUACUUAAUUGAAGAAGUGAUUGUUCAAAACGUCUGAACACAUUAACCCAUUUACCGCAAUCAGCUUGUAUACAUAUUGUUGGUUUCAACUAGUUGUCAACAGCACAGACUGCAAAAUGUAUGUAUUAGAAAAUCCCCAUUUAAAAAGGAAACGGGCACUUCACUGGAAAUGAGUUACUUGUUCCAUCAUGUCACUAAAUGCUACUGCAGCAUUUGUUGGGGUGAACAAAUCGGUGGAUAUAAGCAGGGCCGGCCUUAGGCAAUUAGGCGCCCUGUGCAAAAAGUCUUCACGGCGCCCCCCCCACCUCCCACCAAGUUGCCUGAAUACAGUAACACACACAGGCACCGGGGACGUGUGUAUCACGAGGCAAACAAGGCAUCUGCCUUGGGCGCCACUUUGCAGGGGGCGGCAAAAAAAAGCAUCCCUCCAAACCCCCAGGCAGAUCCCUUGCUUGCCUCGCAUCCUGGGGGGCUCAAGAGCUGACCGGCUGGCCACUUUUGAGCCCCCCCAAGGCUGGCAGCGGGCAGCGAAGGAGCAUACUCACCUGAGCUCUUCCUGCUCAGCUUCCUCUGCGCCGCUUAAUGAAGCCGGGAGCCAGAAUAUGACGUCAGUCCGGCUCCCGGCAUCACUAAGCGCUGCUUACUCAGCCUGUGCGCCCCCUGCCUGCCUGCCCAGCAGCCACACUGGACUGCUGGUAAGAAAUCCACUCCAGCUUUCCCAGGGAGGCUGGGUGGAUUUAAAAUAAAUGUAAAAAAUAUUAGUUUGUGAGUGUUAGUGGAAAUGUCUGUGUGUGUGUCUGUGAGUGUUUAUUUUGAAGUGAAUGUGUGUGUGUGUGUGUGUGUCUGUAAGUGUGUAAUUGUGUGUGUCUGUAAGUGAAUGUGUGUGUGUCUGUGAGUGAAUGUGUGUGUUGGUCAGUGAGUGUGUAGUGUGUAUGUGUCAGUCAGUGAGUGUGUAUGUGUCGUCAGUCAGUGAGUGUGUAGGUCAGUGAGUGUGUAGGUCAGUGAGUGUGUAUGUGUCGGUCAGUGAGUGUGUGUCGGUCAGUGAGUGUGUGUCAGUCAGUGUGUAUGUGUCGGUCAGUGGAGUCGUGCAUCUUUCAGUGAGUGCUUGCGUCUGUCAGUGAGAGUGUGCAUCUGUCAGUGUGUGUCCAAGUAAUAGUGUAUGUGUGUAUGUCAUUGUUUGUCAGUGUAUAUGAGAGUGUGUGUCUGUCAGUGAGUGUGCGUCUGUCAGUGAGUGAGCGUCUGUCAGUCAAAGUGCGGCCUUGACAGGAAGGGGUGGGGGAAAUUUAAACUCGGUUACAGGCAUGUACACACACACUCAGUUAAAGGCAGUCACACAUACAGGCACAGGCACAAACAAUGGCACAGCUACAGCGACACACACAGACAGACAGUCACAUAGGCAGUCACACACACAGACAGACACACAGUAACACACACAUAGACAGUUAUACACACACAGGCAGGCAGUCACACAGAUAGAAAGUCACACACACAGGCAGGCAGUCACACACAGACAGAUAGUUACAGACAGACACACACAGGCAGGCAGGCAGUCACAUACAGGCAGUCACACACACAGGCAGUCACACACACAGACAGACAGUCACACACACAGACAGUCACACAGACAGACAGUCUCACACACACAGGCAGUCACACACACGGGCAGUCACACAGACAGACAGUCACACAGACAGACAGUCACACACACAGGCAGUCACAUACAUGGGCAGUCACACAGACAGACAGUCACACACACAGACAGUCACACACAGGCAGGCAGUCACACACAGAGACAGUCACACACACACACACACAGAGACAGACAGUCACACACACACACAAGGACAGGCAGUCACACAGACAGUCACACACACACACAGACAGUCACACGCACACAGGCAGGCAGUCACACAGACAGACAGUCACACACACACACAGACAGACAGUCACACAAACAGGCAAACAGUCACACACACACACUUACCUCUUUCCAGUGGAUGCAGUUGGCUGAUGGGGAAGCAUCUUUCCCUCUUCCUGUACAGCAGGGGCUUCGGGAGGUAUUAGCCCCGUCUCCGCCUCUCGAUAAGCCCCGCCUCCGCCGCUCGGUAAACCCCGCCCCCUCUGCCGCGAUUUUUUUUUUUUUUUUUAAUAGACCCGGGUGGAGAAUAAUUAAUCCUCCAGCCAGGUACCUCUUUUAGCUCCCCUGCACUCCGGCCAUGAGUGAGCUGUGUCGGCCACAGGGCGCCCCCUGUUCCAUGGCGCCCUGUGCGGUCGCACAGCUCGCACACCCCUAAGGCCGGCCCUGGAUAUAAGUAAAACAUGCACUUACCUCCAUAUCACAUCUGACUUUGUUGCUUCCUGAUGCUUCAGGUGUGACUGUGCUCUCUCAGAUAUCUAUACAGAAAUGCCAUACCAGCACAAACAUUCCUUUAGUAGUGCAGCACGCGUAAGCUGUGCAUAUUGGACUGCGGGGUUAAACCAAUCUACUUGCAGUGCCAACAUUGUUCUACAGGACAUGUAAAUUAAAAUAAAGUGAACUAGUAAGUAACAAAAAAUAUUUGCAUGACAAAUAGCUAAUUUGUAGUUAGCUAUAUAAAAUCUCACACGUGACCGUUCCUUCCAAUCCAGUGAACAUUAUAAUAUUUGCAGGACAUUUGUCUUGAAAUUGUGUUUUUUGUCUUAUUUCAGAUUGAUAGCCAAAUUGAAAGUUCAUGUGCUAUAGAUGUCAAAUUGUUAAAGAAAGGAACUUUGGUGAGUUUAUUUUUUUCACAUAUAUAUGUAUAACAUAAUGAUAAAUAAUCUGUUUAUGUGAAAAUGAUACCCUAGAUGGAAUAUAGACAAAAUAAAUUGGGUUCUAUGGAUUUUCCCAACCUCCUCUAACCUUCCCAGAACAACUAUCCUAAGAUGCAAUUUUUUCCCCCAAUACUAAGCUUACCAUUUUAUAUGAUUUGUAGAAAAAACAGUUAUCAUGACAAUUACUGGGACUGAAAUUUUGGUCUGCCUGUUAAUAUUGCAGAUCAUGUAAAUGGCUUCUAGAGUGCGCAUGCAUGCAUAAUUAUUAGUUGAAGCUGUAACUCAGAGGAUUGUGGUUUCAUAUCUAACAGGCCUGCUGAAACUCUGCAGUUGUUAUCAGAAGUGGAACACACAUCAAACAUGCUGCAGCUGAUAUGUGUCCAGACAAUUGUUUAUUUCUCGAGUUGAAAUUGCGAACUCCUAAUUAUAAAUGAGUCAAUGCAGUUAUUGUACUAACAACACAACUUUUUAUUGACUCCAGGUCUGACAAUAGCUUAUAGUUUAUCUGUUGUUUAUAAAGCGGGUACUAACUGUUAUUGUUUCACGUUCUGAUUUUUUGUUUGUGAAUGUGUUCCUCUUGUUUUUAUCUCAGUCAGAUUACUGCUACACCCGAGGCUUAAUCUAUCAGCUUGGCGAUCUAAUAAGGAAAAACUUAAAAUUCAGAAAUAAUUCUGUCUACCAGAAUAACACAGCUGCUCUGCUAAGUUUGUACAAUGAUCAAAUCACCAAAUGUGUGCUGAGUUAUAAUGAUGGUGAUAAAAUCAAGCUAAUUAAGGUAAGUGUUUCAAUCAUAAGUCCGACAAAUACCAGUACAUAUUUUUUUUUUAUAAAACGUUGGCAGUAGUUUAAUUAGGCAGUAGUAUAUAUUUACAUACUUCCCAACAGUCCAGGAGUUUGCAGAACAGUCCUGAUUUGGGUCUUCUGUCACACGGUUCCCUGGUAUACCUGAGCAAUGUACUCAAUAAAUUAUUGUUAGACAUACGAUCUGAACAUAAGGUACUGCAUGCUUUUAAUGAGCUCUGUCUGGACAUUCCUCAGUGGUUGUGGCUAUAUUCUCCGCUUGAAAUACCACCCCCUUACAAGCAGAAUCCCCUUUUUUUUCUGGAUAUUUCCACCCAUCAUUAUAUCAUUGUUACACCUUCUCUUGGACUGCUCCAAAGUUGUCUCCCAUUCAGACAUCCCAGUGCAGUUAUGGGGCUUUAACUGACUAAUAAUCAUAUUUGUAUGAUUUUACUAGAUACAUGUUUCCAUAAUACAUUCUUCAUACUAUUGCUAUAUUUGCAGUAUUGUAGAAAUUUCCAUAAAUCCAAGUAGGUUAUUGUUAAAUUUAUUGUCUAUAUAUUUUAUUUAUAUGUUCUUAUAUGUUCCAUUAUGAAUGGUAUACCUGCAUGCAGUGGAGUCAAAAUAUAAUGAUGAAAUAUACUCAGUGUCAAAAUUUAAAUUCACUGAUUGUUUGGGGAGCCAGAAUUACAAGGGCUGACCCACUGUGCCUGGUAAAUGUGAGGAGAGUUCAAGUAUGAUGUGUUAGUAGAACACUCUAGGUACCCCAGUCCUCAAGGUACCCCUACCAGUCCAGGAUUUAGGGAUUACCCAGUGGUGUCUAGGGUGUUUUUAGGAGAAAAAAAACACCCUAGACACAACUGGGAAAUCCCUAUAUCAUGGGGAGCAUUGAGGAUUGGUUUGGGAACCACUGCUCUAGAACUCUAAUUUUGUCUCUUUAACAGAAUUGGAAUGUGGGGAUUGGUUUUUAUGAGUGGGACGAUAUCGGUUAUAUAAAGGGUUGAAAUGAUGUGGCGUGUGAUGAGGGGUUCCCUUGUUAAUUUUUUUUUGUAGGACUUUACCUCAAUAUAAAAUCAAGUGUCCUAUUAUAGAAAAACGUUUAACAAUUCUUUCUAUUGAUUCUCAGAAACCCAAUGUCUGCGACUCUGAUAUAGAAAGUCUUAGCCCCGUGCAGAUCCUGGAGAAAGUAAAACAAUUGUUUAUUGAUGCAAAGAAUUUCCGAAUAAAAUAUCAUACGGAUAAUGAUUGUGAAGAGCUUUAUGAGAGAGAGUGUGAAAAUAAUGAUCGGAAGGCUGGUAAGUUACUAUUUUUCACUGUACUUUAUUUCUUUAAAGACCAAUGGUGCUUUCUGCUGUCACAAUACAUAUUAAGGUCCUAAAUGGAAUUAACCACUAAACUAACAAAUGUAGGAUUAUAUAGGCAUGUUAAAUGUACAAUACGAAGAAUAUUAAUUUCAUGUUGACAUCAGAUCUUUAAGAACAAAAUUGUUAUGACAGCAAAGUGCAACAUUUGGUUCUUUACAAGAACCACUAUUUACAGCAAUCCACUUGUGUCCGUUCAGAUUCCCCUUCACACUUGACACUGGCUUUUUGUACCUGCACAUAAAUGUUUUAGUCUAAAAACUUUUCAAUGUUGAAACUGUUCCUGUACCUUUCACCCGUUCGUUUUCUGCCUACUACAUACUUACAGCACUGUCUAUGCAAUGCACUUUGCUUGUUGUGUGUGAACAAUGUGUCCACCAGCUAACAUAACUAAUCUUUUGGUGCUAUGACACAUGUGUUUUGAUGUCACAAGCAUUAGCUACAUAGAGCCCACUCCCUUUCUCUCUGAAUCUUACAGGUCCCUCUCAAUGUGACUGCCCUUCCCCAACCCCCUCAAACCUUCUCAGAACAACUAUCCAGAAGCCCCCAAGAGAAAUUUCAGUUUUUCGACGCAGCACACACUCAAGUGUUGUCCAUUCUACCAAAGACUCUGCUGAGGAUAUAAGUGAAAAUAAAUCUGGCACUACUACAUACAAGUCAACAGGUCUUGCAGAGACCCUUGAGAGCAGAGAUUUCUCAUCUACCAUCUUUACAGACAUGUCAACUGAAUCCGGAUUUCCACAUGGUACAAUGGAGUAUGACACCACAACACUUCCCUCAGUACUGAGUAGCAAAGAUCUUCCACAACAUAGAACAUCAAGCUCCCAACCUUACACAGACUUUCAAGUUAGCAUGAAGCCUACAAAAGGUAGCUCUGAAACUCCUUUUUAUAGCAUGAAGCCUACUGGAACUGGAACAACUUAUUUCAGGACAGCUCUUCAGCAACUGACACAGCCUACAUAUGCUAACACAGUAAAAUCGCUUGCUUAUCUAGUAACUUCCUACACUAACAAAAACAAUCCAUAUUUUGGCAAGAGUUUAUCACCAACCACUGACUCACCAUAUACUAACGAGCUAUAUUUAACCAGUGAGCCGUCAGUUGAGAAAAUAUCUCAAAACCCAGAUGCUGAAAGCUCCUCUACCACAACAACCCAAAAUCUUUUCUCUGUGUCCAGCAUGGAGGUUGACAAAGUAUUCACUCACAGUACUGUCACCAAAAUGCAUCAUGCUACUGGAAUGUCAGAGAAGACAUUCAAGACACCUGUGGAGACACAUGCAAGUAAUACCCCCGUUUCUGUUGGCAGUACUUCAGAAUAUUCCUCUCUAAGUUCUUCUCAAUUUAGCCAGGUUACUGAGUGGGACGUUAAUACCAAGUUUGACUCUGACAGAUCCUUGUCUUUGGGCGAUGAGACAAAGGAAAAUAACCUUGGUUGGGCUGACACCUCUCUUACAUUUGCUUCCAGCAUGCAACCCGCUACUUUUAGCAGAACUGAACAACUUAUUCUAUCCCCUGAUACAAAAGUUUCUAUGCAAACCAAAACAACUGUACAUGAGGGAGGGGGCAUACACCAAAUUCCCUUGCAGUCAGAGGGUAACACAGCUGCCCUUAUAUCUCAAGAAAGGGGCAGUGAUGGUGCAGGCCCGAGACCUGGCUCUAACCCACUACUUGUUAUUAAAACAGAAUCGAAGGUUGAUGAAACACACAGGCAGAAGAACCUUAACCUCGUCAUUGCAGCUGUCCUAGGAAUAUUGGGAAUAAUGUUUCUUUGUGGAUUACUGUACGGUCUUCACUACAAGCGGAAAUAUCGGGUAAGUCUUUAUGGAGAGGAACUUCAAAUUAUAAUAAUAAAUCAGUGGGAGUAUGGUAGAGACUUGUACCAAUUACAUUAUUACACUGGGGACUUUUCUGUUGUGGUACAUGAAAAACCGAGUAAUCAGUUAAUACAAUUGCCUGACUAAAUCUCUAUUUUAGAUCAAAAGUGUAAACACAUAUCUGAAAGGUUGAACUUUAUUAGUACUGCACAUUAAUUCCUUAAAGGACCACUAAAGUCAUCCUGGCCACUUCAUCUCAAUUAAGUGGUCUGGGUGCAGUGGUCCUGCACCUUUUAACCCUGUAAAGCAUUACAGUUUUUUAGAAACUGCAAUGUUUACAUGGGAGGGUUGAAUCCACCUCUAGUGGCUGGCUUAUUUUCUGAUCGCCAAUACAGAUACUUGUCACAUUUCAUGAAAGCCCCCCAUAGAAAAGCAUUGCUUUAAUGCUUUCCUAUGGGGUAGCUUAGAUGUGCUUGCUGCAAAUCAGGUCUCCACUGCUCCUCUGUGAGGAGAAUAUGAUUGGACCACGCUGAAUGAUGCCUUGUCUCUUCGAUAAUUAAGCAGAUGGUGGAGAGCUAAGCAACACCAAGAUUGCUUUGGUGCUGAAAGCAGGUAAAUAAAACACUAUAUUUUAUUAUUUGUAAUCUCACAUGCAUGUGGAAGGGGUAGCUAUACAACCAGGGAUAGGAGCCCUAAAUCAUUAGGAAUACAGGUAUUCCUAAGGCUUUUUAGGACUCGAGUGCUUUUUCAGCCUAGAUUACUAUGUAACUAUGCAACUGCUCAGUCAUCCUUGUAGGUUUCUGUAGAUCUGGAGGAGGUUGCAUUUUACAGCUCCUCUGCAUAAAACUGACCAGAGCAAAUGUUUGUUUGAGAUGCCUUCUAUUUGGCUAUCAUGGCCUGUUCUUCCUGAUGAAUGCUAAAACGUUAAAUGAAUCAACAACAAAAUUCUUAUAAUAAACCUCGUAGAUAGAAAAGUUCCAGAAAAAAAGGUACACAAAUAGACAAAAUAUAUACAAGAACAGAAAAGCGUAGCCUCAGAGUUAACAUAUCUAAAUAAUAUACAGAAUACAGCUCUGUCUUCGGGAAAAAUAAGCACUAUCACCAGGGUAUUGAUACCCAAAUGUUUCAGUUAUUUGAGGUGCAUUCAAAAUUAGCUGUUUUCCGACCGUAACAGAGUGAAAACACAAAACACAGUUGACUCACCUGGCACAUUGAAUGCCAUCCAUGUCACUGUCAGUCAAGAGCCCAUUUCAGUUACAAUAAUUUUACUGACAGUGCUGUUCUGGGUUCACCCGUUGGAUCAACCAUUCUAGAGAAUUGCCAUAUUCAGUGUUCUGGCUUUGUAAUAACCAGAUUUGAUGCAGAGCUAUAUCUCAUUUGUCUUUAUUAAAGACAUGCCAUCUAUUUCUUAGAAGUGAGCAGGGUCGAGUUGAUGGUUAAAAUAACCAAGUUGGGAAAAAUAUCCUAAUUGUCAGCUCACUACAACUUACUAUUUCAUGAAAUAAGGCUAAAGAGAUUUAAUCAUUAGUUGGUUAUAGUGACUUGUGACAGAACUUGCAAAAUGUAAACCACUAUAGUGAUGAAAAAUGUUCAUGUGAUCUAAUAAGGUAUAUUCAAUGUGCAUAUGCUAGUAAACCAACACUCACAUGAUGAUUAGCCAGUCUUAAGUCUGUCAAGCUAUCAUGGGAGUUGUAGUUUUACUAUGGCUUGCAACAUUUGCAUCAGCUAACCUCUUAUCCUGCCUGUAAUGGAUAUAGAUAAUCUCUACGCUGUACACUGUAUAAAUAUAAAACCUUUAAAGAUAGAAGAAAAAAAAGCUUAGUAUUAAAAUAAUUGCAAUUAACUUUUUUUAAAGCAAACAAGGUGUCUUUACAGAAAGUCUUUAGUGGGUGACUUAACAAAAGUCUUUGUUCCUUCCUUUAGAAUUUAAAAGUUAUUUGUUUUCCUUCUCCAGAUGUUAAAGAGACAGCUAAACAGGCCGCAACAAGAUCCAGAGUCACCAGAAGAAAGGUGAGAUUUGUUGAAAACAUAAUGCGCAUUCAUCCUAUCCACAUUUUAGCUACCAGUCAAUGGGUGUUUCUCUCUCUCACACGUCCUGUGUAAAAAUUAAAUUGAGACCACCAAUGCCAAGUUAUUUUGGACUAUGAUAAGGGAUACGGUUACUGGGACAAACAGAAAUUUGAAAGUAGGUGGUGUCUAUUUGAUAACAAAAUCUAUUAACUGACACAAUUUAGUUGCACUAUAAGAUAAUUGGGAAGGUAAUUCAUUUGCAUGAAUGUUUUGUCUGAACUUUUAUGGGCAGUUAUCCUGGCAGACUGUAGUUUUUCAUAAAGUAGGUUCUUCUAACCACUAAGCUAUUGUGGUCUUUUUUUAUAGUAGUUAUUCUUUUCACUAUUACAUUACAUGUUUUCUGUUUGGUUUUCAGACCUCUUAAUAAUCAAGAAAUUGAACUUGAGGAGCUGUAGCUGGUAAGUAAUACUGUGUGAUUAUUUUUAACUGAGUAUUUUUUCUGAUACAUUUUGUAACUAGAGAGCUCAGAUAGUAUAUUCAUUACGGUAACAGAUUGUGUACAUAGACUUUGAAAAUAACCUGGAAAUAAUUUACUCUCUGCACAGAAGACAUGUCACAACCUUUCUCUAUUGCAAAAAAGAAAUAAAAAGCACAUGAGAAAGUAUUAGUCUUUGUUAACUGAGUAAACAAUAUAUCCAGGAAGGCUGUGUGUUAACUCUUUCCUCUUGAUACUGAAAAUGUUCUCUCUUAUCUGUAGGUUACGAAUCCAGAUGAUUGUAAAAUUAAAAAACUUUCGGAGGUUCCGAAGCAACCGUCCAAGUCUAACUUCUGCUGACGGCAGAAAAACUUAUGUGUGUGACACCUGUGUCUAAUGUCGCCGCACCUUUUCCGUCUACAUUUCCCAUCAGUUACGAAGUCAUUGCACUCAGAUGGGGCACACCCUACAGAUUCCAAGACUUGUUUCAUUAUCCAUGCAAAUUACUUGGAAAAUAUCCGCCUUCAUUCACAAACAGUCUGUAUUGCACAUAGGUUGGAGCUAUUUUAAGUGUGUUCAAUCUUUUUUUUUUUUUUUUUUUUAAUUAGCAAAAGGCAGCCUCUAAAGCAGUCUGUUAUAGUGACUGGACUGGGGGAAUGAUGGACUGCAACAUUUGUAUACAAAAACACAUUUGCACCUAGUCAUAGGAAAAUGCUGAGACUGCUCUCGAUGGUGACAAUUUCACGUCCAAUCUUUAGUCCCAGUAUGUUAUUUCUCAACAUGAAAAUGGAAGAAGUAAAAAAAGAAACAUUUCAUCUGAAUGCCGGAUAUAAUUGAUGUUGCGCAGGUGUUUAAGUAGGAAUACAAUCAACGUUUUUAACAUUCUUGAACAUUUAUAAACGAUGCAAGCAUGAUAACGUUUAUUGAACUGUGAGGUUUGUAGAAAAAUGGUUGUAGAUUUGCCUUGUGCUUUGAGGAGUUCUACAAUAAUAUCACCCAGCAGACAGCCUUAUUAUUUAUAAAAUAGGAUUUGAAAGGUCAUGGCAUAUGACCUAUAGGUCACACUAAACUCAUCAAAUUAUCAAAAGUGAUAUUCAAGAUUGCCAGACAUGAGACAGUUUCCUUCACCCCUCCCACCCCGAUGUCAAUCCUGCCUGUGCUAGCUUGUCCGUCUGAUAGUUAUGCACAUUCCAAAAUUGAAUCGUAAUGUGUGCCUACAUUGAAGCCCUACUAAGUAAUUUUGCUCCUGCUUAAAACACAGGUUUUACUGGGCCAUAAUUGUUUUUUUUAAAUUGGAUUACUAAUUGAAAUGUGAAUGUUCAUAUACUUGGAAUUGUCUCUUGUUUGGUAUGUAAGUCAGAGCUUGGAAGCAUCUCACUGAAGUUUUCUACGGCUGGGUUUUUUGGAUUAGUAGGCACUUUACUGCUGGGUGCCUUGCAAAAGGAGAUCUCGUAAUAAAGCUCUCUGUGCUGGCCGCAGAGUUUGGGGGGGAUCCGUUUUAUGUGUUUUUUUUAUUUGCUAUAGAGUCUUUUUGUAUUUUUAUAUGUUAACAUUAUGAAUGUGCCAUGUACAUUUUUUUUAAAAGAUAAUUAUUUAAGAAUAUUGUAUAUUUAAUAGAUGUUUUAUUUGUAUUUCCGUGUCUGUUGUUUUUUUUUUUGUUUUUUUUAAAUGCCGGUAUUGUUUCUAUUAACAGGAACUGAAAGUUUCAUUAUAAUUCUGUGUAACCACAAAUGUACCACAAG